GGAGGAGCAGGAAGAAGCUAAAGGCAGAGCAGCAGAGGAGCCUCCCGGUGGAUCACGGAGCCGCUGCGGCCGGAACCCCAAGCUGCACCCGCGGAGCUAUGGCCGAAGAAAGCAUCCGAUCCACGGCUUGCACCGGCUCCAGCCUCCUGCAGCCGGUCAGCGAGAUGACCAACCUGCCGCUGGAUCAGGUGAACUUUGUGGUGUGUCAGCUUUGCGCUCUGAUCUCGGCCUUCUGGUUUCGUCUCUUCCUCCAUCCCAGUAAAACCAGUCCUUUCAUCAGACAUGUGGUGGCGACCGUGCUGGGGCUCUACUUUGCCACGUUCUGCUUCGGCUGGUAUGCGCUUCACUUCCUGCUCCAGAGUGGACUCACCUACGGCAUCAUGAUCCUGACUGGAGUGGAGCACAUGCACAAGUACUGCCUCAUAGUAGCUCUCGGUUACCUGAGUCUGUGCCAGAUCACCCGGGUCUACGUGUUUGACUACGGCAUGUACUCUGCUGACUUCACUGGUCCCAUGAUGGUCAUAACUCAGAAGAUCACAAGCCUGGCCUUUGAAAUCCAUGAUGGAAUGGCUCGGAGGGAAGAACAGCUGACCCCGGGACAGAAGAUUUUAGCCAUAAGGCGCAUCCCAAGUCUCCUGGAGUAUUUUAGCUACAACUGUAACUUCAUGGGGAUUCUGGCCGGUCCAACCUGCUCCUACAACGACUACAUCGCCUUCAUCGAGGGGGAACCGCCUCGCCACAGGGAACAGGAAGCUGAUAGGCAGUCCAGGAGCAGGCUAAGGCAACCUGAACCAUCACCCAAUAUGGAGGUGGUCCGUAAAGUGGCCACCUCCUUCUUCUGCCUCCUGGUAUUCCUGUCAGUGUGUAAAGUAUUCCCUGUGGAGCGGAACAUCGAUGACGAUUUCAUCGCCAGCACCCCGUUCUAUGCUCAGGUGGUCUACCUGUAUCUCUCCAUGCUGACCACCCGACCCAAGUAUUACUUUGUUUGGACGCUUGCUGAUGCCAUCAACAAUGCCGCUGGCUUUGGUUUCAAUGGCUACGACGAUAAUGGCGCCCCUCGCUGGGACCUGAUCUCCAACCUUCGGAUAUUAAACAUUGAGUUUGCCACCAGUUUCAAAGUUUUCCUGGACAACUGGAACAUUCAGACGGUCCUCUGGCUUAAAAGGGUGUGUUAUGAGCGAUGUCCUUACCAUCCAACAGCAGCCACAUUCAUCCUGUCCGCCAUGUGGCAUGGAGCCUAUCCAGGAUACUACCUGACCUUCCUGACCGGCAUCGUUGUAACUCUGGCAGCGAGAGCGGUGAGACACAAAGUUCGGCCGCACUUCCUGCAUUCUGCGGCGCACAAACUGCUGUAUGAUGUCAUAACGUGGGCGGCCACUCAGAUCGCUAUCUGCUACACGGUGGUGCCUUUUGUCCUGCUUUCUGUGGGCCCGUCGUUAAAGUUUUACAGAUCGUGGUACUUCAGCCUCCACCUCAUGUGCAUCCUCCUGGCUGUAGCUCUGCCAGUCAAACCCAGACAUCUGCGCCUCAAAGAGCAACAGAGAAGCUGCUCCCAGGAUCCAGGCCUGAAACCCCCGGAGGCUGCAGACACCGCCUACUGUCACAAAGAGAAAACCUCAUGAGGCGCGCGGGGGCGGCGGAAAUCUUUGUAAAUUUCUAUGGACAAUAUGUGGGAGGAUGAGACCGAAGGGACAGAGUGAUGCUCCUCCUGGACUAGGUACUAAAAAAAAUAUCCAAACCUGAUUCAUUUGGAUUCAGUGGAAGAUAUAAGUGAUUCUAGGUUUGAUUUCUGUUUGUGUUUUUAAAGGAACCAUGACUGCCAGAAAUGACAGGAUACUGACUCAAAAACCUGCCAUGUUUAGGAAUCUUAAUACAUCGUAUGAGUUUACAUUGGAGAGCUGGGUGGGAUCAGAAACCUGUAGAUUAAACUGGAAACUGGAUGAUGUUUAAAAAGAAGUCAGAGCGAUAAAAGAAAAGAUUUUAAAUAUUUUAAAGAAGUUCGCUUUGGGAAAAAAAGUGCCAAUGUUUCUUCACUCAGUCACCUUAUUUAUUCUAAGAAAAAAAGAAAAGCGCUGCUUUGCAGGAGGUCUAUUAACCGUCUGGAUGCGUUUACAUUUGUUCCUUUCGUUUAUAUGUGUUUCAUUGAGAAGAAGGCAUGGUUUGAUAAAGAGCUUCACAAAACCUUCAGAAAUCAGUAGAAAAUAAACAGGAUGGAGCAGAUUUCCUUUUAAAGGCAUAUUUCAUGCUUUUUUUUCCUCCCCAUUUUCUAUUCUAACCGGGUUUGGGUUUGUAGGUGGAGAUAUUUCAUUCCCCCACAGCACACUGUUCUACCCUUAUGCUACGUUCAGACCGCAAGCAGAGGAAGCAGCUAGUUUAUAUGCAAAGUCAAUGGUUGACGUGCAUAAAGGUGCAGCAAAAGGUCUCGCAGAUUGUGUUGAGCAGCAGGAGCAGCAUCUC